UGCUUGUUGUCCCCACUCGCCGCGCCGCCGUCGCCCGCGUCAGGCCGGCUCCAUGAGGACUAAGCACGUGAACGUGCUGAUCGCGCUGGCCGCCUUCGUGCUUUUCAGCUUCUCCUGCUUCUGCAUCUCCAGGAUGACUCAAACUAGUAAUCAAUUAAUUAAUUGUAGAAACCAUAUUUUGGAAUUUAAGGAGAAAAUUCUACGUUUAAAAAAUAAAACUGAAAGAAAUCGCCAAGAGCUGAUCAAUGCCUUGAGUAAAAUGAAGUAUGAAAUGACACAGAGAGAAAAUACGUCCACAGACUUAGUUGAGAAGAAAAUGAAUACAUUGGGUAAGGAUGAAACAGUGUCUAAUAAUACAUUUGAAGUCCUAAAGUUCUUUUUCCCUCAUCUAAGGAAAGUGGGCAGAAUUUAUCCUGAUGUAAUCAUUGGCAAAGAGAAAACAGGUGUCUCUUUUGCGCUGGGUAUUUCCACUGUUAGCAGAGGAAAUCAGAGUUACCUGAAGCAAACCCUGAAUUCUGUUGUCUCCAGGAUGACUCUCUCAGAAGAGAAGGACUCUGUGGUGAUUGUCUCGGUUGCAGAUAGAAAUGAAGAUUAUUUAAAAUCUGUUGUUGACAUGAUUACAAAAAGAUUCAAAAGGCAGCUGAAGUCUGGAUCCUUGGAAGUCAUUUCAAUACCUGCCUUUUUUUAUCCAAACAUGUUACACAUCAAGCAGUCAACUGAGGACUCAGGAAAAUUAGAGAGUUGGCGCAUCAAACAAGUACUGGAUUUUUGUUUUUUGAUGCUUUAUGCCCAACCAAAGGCCAUGUAUUAUUUACAGCUAGAAGAUGAUAUCAUAGCUAAAAAGAGGUACUUUACAAAAAUCACAGAUUUUGUGCAUAAUAUCACUUCAAAUAAUUGGUUUUAUAUUGAGUUUUCAAUUCUUGGAUUCAUAGCGGUCAACUUUGCUCCCAACUCUCUGCUGCCACAAAGAAAUGAAGUGACAUAUUUUGUCCCCUGGAUCAGGACCACUGAGGGAAAGCUAUUUAAAUCUGAGGACUUAACUGACUUUGUGCGUUUUUUUUUAAUGUUCUACAAAGAUAAACCCAUAGAUUUGCUUUUGGGGGACAUUUUUCAGGUAAAGAUGUGUAACCCAGGAGAGACUCCUGAAAAAUGUGCAGAACGAAAUAAGCAAAUUCGUAUUCGAUAUAAACCUUCUCUUUUCCAGCAUGUGGGUAUACAGUCGUCAUUCUCUGGAAGAGAACAAUAUUCCAAAGAUAUUUAUUAUUAGGAGUUUCAUAAUUCGAGUACCUUCUUUAAAAAUGAUCAGCAUCAGUCUUUGGAAAAAAUGACAUAAUGAGGAUUAGUCUUAGUUCUCAACUUUCUUCAUAGUGGCUAAGAGACUAUCUCAUAUAAAAAAUUAAGGCUUUGAUAAUAUAGUGAAAAUAUGAAGAUAAUAAGCAUAACAAGAAAAAUUCUGUAAUACAUUGGAACCUCAGAAAAGCCUGAUUUCUCAUGGCAUCUUUCAGAAAUUAUAAUAAUGAAAAUGCAUAAUUAUAUAGAAGAGAAUUCAGAAAUUAACACACUUGUAGUUUGAAAGUGUUAAGCUCCCUCUUAUGUCAAGGAAAAUUACAGUGUUUAUUCAUGAUGUUUGUACCCUUACUAUUAUAAUUUAAUUAAAAAAAUAGUAAAAGCAGGGAAGUUUUUGAAAAUUGAGAAAUGAAUUUUGUUGACGUAGUUAUGCUAUCACAUAAUCUUAAUAAAUAGCUAAUAGUUCACAAACUUGUCAUGGACAGGUUCUGUGUAAAUUUGUAUAUGUUCUUAUCCAUUUUGUUAGGACAUCUAAAGAAAGCACAAUUUAAGCCUGGGUCUGGCAGUGCCACAAUAUCUUCUUGUCUUUUAAAUAAGUGCAUUUAAAACUAUAAACCUACCCCUAAAGUGCUGUUUGAACUGGUUUACCAACCUCUUGAUAUUUAUGUAUUCCGAUAGUCAUUCAGUUCUAAAAGAUUUUGUAAUUUCUCUUAUUAUUACUUUCUUAGCUCAUGGGUUAUUUGGGAGUGUUUUCUUUUUUUUUUUUUCUUCAAAUAUGUUGGUUUUUGCCAUCUUUUACUGUUGAUUUCUCAUUUAAUUACAUUGUUCUUAGUGGAUUUUUAUCUGUGUGGUGAGAUUUGAGAAUUAUUAAGAAUGCUUAUGUUUCAUGUGAAUUUGAAAAGAAUGUAUAGUGUCUGUAGACUCCCUUUUAAAUAUGUUGCAUUCAUUUGUUUCUUAUAAAUGUGCUUUGUGCUUUGAAAACGUCUUCUUAAAUAUUCCCAAUUAUUGGGUGCAGAAUUCUCUUAUAUCAGGCUUUUUAAUUUACUUAUUCAGGUUUUUAAAAUUCUUCCUAAUUUUUGUCUGCUUGAUUAUCAGUUUCUUAUAGGAGUCUAUUAAACUCCACUAUUCUUGUUAUUCUGUUGAGUUUUAUUUUAUUUAU